AACAAGUGUACAGUGCGCAUGCGCGUUCUGUGUGUCACAAUAAUGGAGGACUAUCUUUUCCAAGCGCUGUGAAUUAAAGCGCGGGCGCCGAGUUCACUGUGGAGAAUUGGGAUUAAGCGACGUGCAGCGAAGGCUCCAACUCGCGAACAGAAUGGCCUCCAACUCAGUAGCUCAGACUCCUGGGUCGAAGAUCAUGACCUUCCACCCGACCAAAGAGGAAUUCAAGGACUUCAGCCGCUACAUUGCUUAUAUGGAGUGUAACGGAGCGCACUUAGCUGGCAUGGCGAAGGUGGUGCCCCCUAAGGACUGGAAGCCUCGACGCACAUACGAUGACAUUGAUGACCUGGUCAUUCCUGCGCCUAUUCAGCAAGUAGUGACUGGUCAAUCCGGGCUUUUCACGCAGUACAACAUCCAGAAGAAGCCCAUGACUGUCCGCGAGUUCCGCAAAGUCGCCAACACUGACAGGUUCUGUAGCCCCCGGUAUGCAGAUUUUGAUGAGCUAGAGAGGAAGUACUGGAAGAAUCUUACAUUUAAUCCUCCACUGUAUGGCGCAGACGUCAAUGGAACGCUUUAUGAUCCAGAUGUAAAUGAGUGGAACAUCGGGCAUUUGAACACUAUUCUGGACACAGUGGAGAAAGAGAGUGGCAUCAGGAUUAAAGGGGUAAAUACACCAUAUCUCUACUUUGGGAUGUGGAAGAGUACAUUUGCCUGGCACACCGAGGACAUGGAUCUCUACAGUAUCAACUAUCUGCACUUUGGAGAACCCAAGUCCUGGUACGUCGUGCCUCCAGAACAUGGAAAGCGAUUAGAGCGUCUAGCUAAAGGCUUUUUUCCUGGAAGCGCCCAAAGUUGUGAAGCCUUCUUACGACACAAAAUGACAUUGAUCUCUCCAUCAAUACUAAGAAAAUAUGGCAUCCCUCUUGAGAAGGUUGCACAGGAAGCAGGUCAGUUCAUUGUGACUUUCCCCUACGCCUAUCAUGCUGGAUUCAACCAUGGAUUCAACUGUGCAGAGUCCACAAACUUCGCCACUCAGCGCUGGAUCGAUUAUGGCAAGCAGGCAGCAUUAGUAAGUUGUUCAUGCCGUAAAGACAUGGUGAAGAUCUCCAUGGACGUGUUUGUGCGAAGGUUCCAGCCGGAGCGAUAUAAACUGUGGAAGGCAGGAAAGGACAGCGUGAUAAUUGACCACUCCAAACCCACACCAGAAGCAGCUGAGUUCCUGCAGGAUGGAAAGACAUCGGGAGAAGUAGGAGAGCUCAGCAACAGCAGUCCCGCAGAAACCAAAGAAGAGAGGGAAAAUGAAAGAGCAGAUAAAAAUAGAGGGGGGAGCAAGACAGAAGAGGGGGUAGCAGAAGCAAACGAAGCAGAUACAAAGCGAGGAGACAUAGUGAUAGAAAAUGCAGGUGCACAACAAAGAAAAACAGAAACACAAGCGGGAGAAACCAAUAGAGAAACAGAGAAAACACCAACUGAAACCGAGUCAGAAAAAAUAGACAUUGAGACAGAAACAACCAAUAAAGAGAGAGUUGAAACAGAAAGACGAGAGUCAGAAAUGGAAAUACCAGAUCAGGAGGCAGGGCUGAUAGAAACAAGCACACCUGAGAAAGAAAUAGAGGAAAUGGAGAUAAAGACAGAAAAUGACAGCACAGAGAGCAGAGAGAAGGAUAAGACUGGGGGAAAAGAAGAGACUUGUACAGCUGAGAUGGAGACGGAAGAAAUAAAGCAGUCAAAGACAAAAACAGAGUCUACAAGGAGAGAAAUGGAAAGGGGGAAAGAAAAGCUGGACAGCAGUGAGAUGAUGAAAAACAUGGUUGAGGCAAAUAGUGGAGAGUUAGAGACUGAAAAAGAGAAUCUGUCCAUGACACAAGAGACAGACACAUCAGCAGCAGUGAUAGAAAUACAGAAGAAUGGAAUGGACAGUCAAGAGACAGACAGAUCUAACAAGGCAAAGAUAAAAGAAGUGCAAGAGACAGGUGAUGUAGAGAUGGCCAGUGCAGAGAGAGGAGAGAUGGAGAUUGAGACAGAGAGCAGAACGAUGAAGAGCAAGACAAAUAGUGGACAGAUUGAGGGUGAGAAAGAUGAAACAGAGAGAGGAGAGAUAGUGGGUGAGAGAGGAGAGACCGGUAGAGGAGAGAUGGAAAGCACAACAGAGAGUGGAGAAAUAGUGGGUGAGAGAGGAGAGACCGGUAGAGGAGAGAUGGAAAGCACGACAGAGAGUGAAGAGAUAGUGGGUGAGAAAGGAGAGAUGGAAAGCACAACAGAGAGUGGAGAGAUAGUGGGUGAGAGAGGAGAGACCGGGAGAGGAGAGGUGGAAAGCAUGACAGAGAGAGGAGAGAUAGUGGGUGAGAGAGGAGAGAUAGUGGGUGAAAGAGGAGAGACAGGGAGAGGAGAGAUGGAGAGCACGACAGAGAUUGGAGAGAGAGUGGGUGAGAGAGGAAAGAUUGAAAGCAGUACAGAGAGUGGAGAGAUAGUGGGUGACAAUGGAGAGAUGGAAAGCAUAACAGAGAGUGGAGAGAUAGUGGGUGAAAGAGGAGAGACAGGGAGAGGAGAGAUGGAGAGCACGACAGAGAGUGGAGAGAGUGGGUGAGAGAGGAAAGAUU